CGGAAGUAAUCUACCUUCGAAAAUGGCGUCCAGAAGUUUAGGUUAUCAACUGCUAUUAGGUCUGGUGAUUUCUGCCUCAUACCCAGUUCUUGGCACAAGAACCAAAGAAAAGAUCUACAUUGAUUUGGUUACUCAGAAUGCAUGCUUCCGAAUACUAAAUGGAACACAUCAGAUUGGAUGUUCCACACCUCAAGGAGGGAAUGUAGGAGUUGUGCACUAUAUGCAGACUGAGGAAGAUUGGGAUUGGGUGAUCAAUUCUGGUACACACACACCAUAUGCUGCAGUAUUGGACUCUGUGAACUUUACAACAGAAAACGUACGAAAGCUGUCACAGUCUAAUCGAGUCAAUGGAAUAAUUGUUAUCAGCAUCAACUUGACUGACCAGGAGCCAUUCUCUGCAGACAAGUCAUGUCCAAAUGAUGCUUCUGGAAUGUAUGAUGGGUGCAAUAAACUCCAGUGGAAUCCCCCAGGCAAAGGCUUGAUGUUUGAUGACUUUGGGCUGGCUAUGUUCUCGUUAACAGAUGAAAAUGACUACCAGAAACUUAUUGACAAGUGCUAUAUCCCAUUCAACAAGCCACAAGAUGGAAAGCCUAGAUCAUACCCCUUGUGUGCUAUUCAGCUUAUUUCAGCCAUGAGAGGGGCUAAGGAUUCUGAAACUUGCAUCCGUCGUUCAAACUUAGUAACCAAUCUAAACCCUUCAAAAUACUGUGAUCCAAUGGGAGAUGAAAACAUUAUAACCACACUGAAAGCUGUUCAAAAUAACGAGACACGUCCUAAUGACUCUGUCAUUGUCGUCGCAACAAGGCUGGACACCAUGGGCAUCUUUCACAAUGAAUAUCCUGGUGCAGACAGCCCUGUCACAGGUCUGGUCACCCUGCUAGCUACAGCAAAAGCAUUGUGGAGCCAGCGGAAAUUCAUACUCAACCAGCCUAACUCUACGGACAUCAUGUUUGCUUUUUUCCAAGGGGAAGCAUUUGACUAUAUAGGCUCUAGUCGUAUGGUAUACGAUAUGCAGAAAGAUAUAUUCCCAUCUAGCGCCACUACAGCCAUACAGAAGAUUAAUCUGACACACAUUCACCAGUUCAUUGAGCUAAAUCAGGUUGGCCUCCGAAGCGAUAACAACAGCCUGUGGCUUCAUGUUGAUGAAAAGGUCAUAAACGAAACAAAGUCAUUGAUACAGAUGUUAAAAGAUGUAAGCACACCCAAUGCAACCUUGACGGAAGCGGACCCCUCAGGCAAACAACAGUUGCCACCAGCAUCCCUUCAACAGUUUCUCUUGAAACGCCCCGACAUUCCAUCAGUAGUUAUCACUGAUCAUCAGCAUGAAUAUACCAACAGGUAUUAUAACAGUCGCCUGGACUUGCCCAAUCACAUCGACUAUCGGAAUGACAACUUCACAGAUGAGUACAAUGCCUCGACAGCUCUGUCCCAGCGCAUUUCAGCACUGGCCACAACUCUUGCACGAUACCUGUUCACAGCUGCCACUGGCAAGAAUCCUACAAACGAGCAGCUAGAUGAACUUGAAGCUGAUAUUACAGAAGUAAACCACAUGCUGUAUUGUUUCCUGAUCAGUCCACAGUGUGAGCUUUUCAACACAGUAGUCAGUCCCACAGAUGCUGCAAGCCUCAGUAAAGCCCAAAAGCCAUUCCCAUUCUACGUGAGUGGUUCAGCCAUAAACCAAGUUACCCAGCUGACACGAGCAAUCCUGGCAUACUACACAGGUGAAAAGGUCGAGGGGGUAGACCAAGAGAGUCAGUGUGGAGCAACUGAUGGAGACAAGAGAUUUCAAUAUUUGUGGAUGCAAGGGCCAGCUGAGGGCAAUAGAAAAGGAAUGUGCUACAAAAGUGGGGCCUUUUUUUCUCUUGCAAAAUCGCCAGCCUUUGAAUGUUUCAGGUUACUCAAAGUUAUUUUUUAUUUAUUGUUGGCAGGCUAUAACUGGGCAUCUGGUCAAUUUUCAACAUGGACUGAAUCUGUCUGGGAUGUUUUUCAAGUGCGUGUGUUUUUGAUACCAAGCCAACAGUUUCAGACUGUAGUCCUGAUGUUUGGUGUCUGCAUAAUCCUGGUGUCCUUGCUAGUGGUGUACUUCAUCAACGCUCGUGCAGAUGUGCUUUUUCUUCAACAAAGAUUAUCACGAGAAUAUCUUUUUAGCGAAGAAUGAUGUGUUUUGCCAGGGGAGGGCGAAUUUUCAUUGUGAAAGAUUGUUUUUCACAGGGUUAACAUUCACUUGGACAAUGUCUUGAUUUUAAACUCGUUAAAAGUGGAAACCUUCAAUUAAGGUCCACAUCUAAAAGCUAUUGAUAUUUUUUUUUUAACUCUUUUAAAACAAGACUACAUUAGGAUAAAUGAUCUGUAUGAUAAAAACAUUAAGUGAAACUGAUUUAGAUAUGAGAAGUUUAAUUUUUUUUUUUCCCUUGAAUGCAGCCUCGCAUGCAAAAUAUUCUCUAAUUUGUAAUCAAUUUGAAAAAGAGAUAUCUGAAGGGAUAUUUUCAAAUAGUCAUUCAGGUGUAGCACGACACCAAUUGCUAGAUAACUGGGUCAUCCAUUCCAGUAGAAAACACCCUUGGAUCAUACGGAUCUGUUUGAAUAGUAUUAAUGUGAUUAUCUCCACUCUGGGCAAGCUAAGAUCCUUCACCCUGAAUAUUUUGCCUUUGUUGUAAAUAGGGUUGUAAAAAAGCUACUUAAGCUCAGUAACAUUAUCCAGAAAUGAAUGAAAAUGAGAAAAUCACAAGAUCCCUUGUUGAAAAUGGUCUUGGGUAUUGAGAUAGUGGCUGAUUUCUUGCCUUAUUGCGAGAUGUUCACACAAAGACCUAUGUCCACAUCCUUUGUUAUUGCUAUGGACACAUCACUAUGUACAUUGUGAAACAUUCUAAUACAACAUUUAAUUUUUCUCUCUGUGCCCACUCUCCUCUCUCUUUGCCACAAGUAUUUGUAAAUCAUGAAGGAUUUUGUCGAGUUCAAAUAUAAUUGCUGUUGAAAAUAAACUUUGAUACAGCUACGAGCAGAUACAAAUUUUCAUCUCAUCUCAUUUACUCUAUUGUUCCAAAUCUUUGAAGGGAAAAUCUCGGUAUCAUUCAGCAAAGGCAAACUUGUGUUGCACAUUUUUCAGGAGCAAAAUCCUUGGUAGUAUGGUGCAUCCUCGCAGGUGGGUAAAGACAGAGUGCCUUUUCAUAUUGCAUUAGAACUUUCUGUGACUUGCCUCGUUUAUAAUCUCUUUUAUGCUUCCACCUGCAGCUCUUGCACUUGCACAGCCCACCAUGAGAAGGUCUUGCUAAAAUACCUCAGUAGAUCAUGCUUUUUAGGCUCUUGUAUGUCCAGCACCAAGUGCAGGGUGAAGAAUAAGGUCUUUGUUGACAGCAAUCAUGAAGUCCACCAGAUGCAUGCUGAUCCUGCUUUGCGACCCUGUGUCACAGCGUCAGCAGGUCAAAGGCAAGUUUCAAAGUCUUCCUGCCUAGCUGCAUUUAUUCUGUCACUCUUCUCAACAUCAGAAUAUUUAUUGUAGUCCACAUUUAUUCCGGACUUUUCCUCAGCUGUUUCUGCUUUAACUGGAACCUCUCUUGUGUUUCCAUUGGAGGACAAAAACAUUCUCGAAUCGCAUGGUCAGCUCUUUCCUUUUCAGGCCAAUUUUGGGUUGCAGGUUAGUUGUUGAUUGAAACUCAGAUCCUGAGCAAUUGGUAGGCAGUUUUGGUUAUAACAUUCACAUUCUGCAAUUUUUGAAUGGUCAUAAUGACCAAAACAUUUCUCUUGUUCAACAUCAUGAGAACAGAAUAUUUGAGCAGACUGAAGCCCUUUAGUCUACAGACAUUUAGUCAUUUGGAGCAGGCCAGAUCUGUUGCUUUGAAGUGUCCCUAACCCUACCAGGAAGGUGGUGUUUGAAGCCAAUGUGUCAUCAAUGUUGGGGAACAGUAAUUAGUGUCCACAUAGAAGCAGUUUCUUCUCCCCCAACCCACCAAUAGACUUAAAGCUCACUUAACAUCAGAAGAAAAGAAAAGGCCAAUCACUGAUUAUUGUACAUCACCAUCGUAGACGUAUCUGAAUGUGCUCCCACCAAGCUCGUAUAGCGCAUUUCACAGCCUUAUAUUCAGUGUACAUAAUUCAGGAAACUCUAGCCCACCUCCAACCUACAGGGGCAUCAUCAGUUGAAAUUUGCUGAUGAAAAACGUACGUCUUCAGUAGUUAAAACGGUAAAGAACCAAUUUUUUUUUUUUUUUGUCACAACUUGUAAAAUUUCUGUUUUUAAUCUCACUGCACCAUCAAAUCAAGCAAACUGGGAACAAUGGGAACCGAGAUAGGGAAAAUCAUUUUGUGCAAGUCUUAACCAAGGAAAAAAAAAACUACAAGUAAGGGGCAAGACACCCAUUUGUUGUUUUAUUACCAAAUACAAGUACACACGCUGUCUUUAACAUUACUGUCUUCUUUUUUUUACUAUAAAAAUGAAAGUUUCUUAAGACCAAAGUCUUAAAACAAAAUUUACAUUGGCCAUAUAAACUACACAUUUCAUAAAAGUAGGAUAUGAUAUCACUCUGUCAUUGUGCUAGAUUUUUUUGAUUGCUUUUUUCUGUCUUGCAUUUAUUUUCUAGAUUGAGAAAAAAAUCUAGACAAGGAUACAUUCUAAUUUUUACACAACAAAAGGCAAAUAAGUGGGAAAAACACGAAAGUGACAUGAUUAUUUACAUGGUCAGGAGGCCUGUCUAUGUGAAGAGGGUCAUAGUCAAUCUGGUCCUUAGGCACAAACUUCUUUUUGAAGUGGGAAAAUGAAAGGACAUUUGAAUCUUUUCUUCGUUAUUACCUCUGAUACAUGGCUGUGUGGAUAAAUAUGACUAUACAUCACCUUGAUGUCUCCUAUGUGAGAGGAAAGCAAUAAAAUUUGUGAUGGUGAACCACAGGUUUGCAGGUGCUAGUCUGCAUUUUUUAAAAGUGAAAUCACUGGUUUCAUUGGACUGAAUGGCCUAUUUAUUUCUAAUUUCUUUAUUUAUUAACAUUCUUGAUGAAUCAUUCAAAAACAAAAUAGCUUGCAGACAUUUUACUGCAGCAAAUUCAAACUACGUUGUAGCCUGGGAUUUUGUGUAAAGUCAAUAACAGAGGUGGAAAGUUUCAAAUUUCACAACUCAUUUUUAUAAUCACCUGCUGAUUCAAAUUCUCUAACUUUGGUGUUGUCAUCUUUGUUUCGCUGUCCUUCCCAGUAUCAUCAGUAUCGUGACAUGAGCUCAGGGCUUUCAUUGUUACUGUCAGUUUCAUUGUCAGUUGUAUCAAAACUGUCUUCAGAUUAAUUUUGGUCAUUGACAGGUCUGGUCAUCAGAGAGUUCCUAUUGAAGUAAUUCUUUUACCCAUGAAACCAGCAAGGGAUAGGGAGCAUCCAACCCAUGGGUGAUAUCAUGACCUGGGUUGUUUGUUUGCUUUUUUUUUUUUUAAUUUGACAAAUUUUUCCAGAACACCAGUUGUGGGACAUCAUGCACUUCUGGCAGCACUUUUGCUGAAAAAAAAACAGCUACACUGUGUUAUGUAUGAUCCAGAAUAAAAUACAAAAUGAAACAAGUCUGGAUUGGUCCACUAUUUUGCAGGUGGUGCACAGAGUACACACCUUCCUUUUCAGAUCUUCCUAGAGUAAAAGAGGUUAAUCCUGUUAUAGUUUCUGUGAAGAUUUAUUAAUUUGCUUCCAUUUACCACCUCAUAUAGCUAUUGUGAAGAUAUUUUUGUGAUGUAGUCAAGCAAUGGCAGAACUGACAUUUGCAUGAGGAAAACAUGUCUGCCUUGAAUGAGUUAAAAUUUGAAUGUUUCUUUUCACUUUGUGUGCAUGUGGCUUGAAAAACAGAGAACUGAGUACUUUUUGCUGUAAGAAAGCUUGUGAGGCAACCCCAUUCUUUCUCUCUGGAUUUUUUUGGUAACUUCUCUCAAGAAAAACUGUUCUUGAAUGUAAAAACCCUGACAGAGAAAUCCUGCUUCUAUAUAAAUGGCCAAAUUUGUUCAAGAGAAGACAUUCCUAAACAUCUCUAAGAGCCAUUCUGGGCUCUCUUGACCACAAAAGAUGUUGAUCUCCUCACAUUCCUGUACUGUUUAUCCUUAUCCUCAACUGUCUCAUGCUCAUGCAGGCAACGCAACUUGUGUAAGUGUGAUGUGUACGGUGUUUCAUGCAAGCCUUAGAGAUUUCACUGCAAAGCUGCUGUAAAAUAGGGACCACAAUGUUGAGGUUUUUAACAUGUUUGAAGCAGUGUGCGGUGUGCAUUGUGAAGGGGAUGAAAGACAGAGAGUAAAAGACAGCUAUUGGCUGUUUCAAAGUAUUGUUCAUUCAUACUAGUCUCAAAGAUUCAUUUGUAAUGGCUCUACCUUUAUGUUGUCAGUUUGUAGCAUUGUUCAGUCUCAAGAAAAUUAGUUUGCUUUUAGUUGAUGUUUUCUGUAAACUGAUAUUGCAAAGUUAAUUCCUUUCCCUGUGUGUAAUUUAAAUGCAGCAUUUUUGUAAUUUUUUCUUUUUAAUUCAGAGAGGAACCCCUAAAGAUAAAUCUUUUAUGAUCCAUGAAGCAAAUACCUGACGGAACAAAAUGGUCUCUUAUCCCAUUAGUGUUCAUUUUCAUCCGGUUUCCCCUUCAAUUAAUAAUAAUCAUUAUGGAGUCUCUUGUUUGAUGCGAGUUUUUGUUUCCCUUGAGAUUACUGCACUGUGUGAACGCCUCGCUACAUCUGGCUCUUGUAGGAACAAUCUCCAGUGUUGAGUUUUCUUGUGCAUCUUGAGAUGAUAGCUCUGAGCCUUGUGCCACAUUAGUAAUGAUAUAUAGUGUGGAAACAUUUAAGAGCGCCAGUUUGGUUUUUUUUUUAUGAAAAUGUGUUUGUCAUUUAUUAGUGUUUCAUUGAUUUCGAUGGCUUUAAAGUCGUUAAACAUUACUGCAGAUUAAGCGAAGAUUGUUAUUGAUGACUAUUUUUAUUAGAUUACUUCUGGCUAUAUUGCCUGUUUCUGUUGACAUGUUAAGUUUGUACAGGUCAGCAUUUUCCUCGCUGCUGGUUUUCAAAUUUUGAUUGUAUUUAUUCCCAAGGUUCUGCACAUUAACAUGUAGUAGAUGAUUUGAUGAGAUUCAUGAUUGUGUGAAUGUAUUUGCAUGUUUAUAUAUAUGAAUCGGAGUGCGCAUGCAUGUGGAUUCACAUAGAAGUGGUUGCAUAUGUAUAAUUGAAUGUAGUUUGUGACUGUAAGUGUAAUAUGCAUGUAAGUGUUGGCUUAGAUUUGUAUGUUAUAAAGCUUUUUUUUUUUUUGAAUGGGGAGGGGGAUAUUGUCUGCAGCUAAACUACUGAAUGGAUACUUCUUGAGCUAGAAUUGUUUUCUGUGGAAAUUUACUGGUUCUAAAAUUGCUUUGUGGUUUUCAUGGGCCACCGAAAGAUGGAAAUAAAAGACAAAAUAUCU